GUGGAGUGAGUAAAGAAAUCGAAAACGAGAUCGUACGCAUGAACGCAGCACCGCUCGGACAGUUUUCUACUUCGUUCGCAACUGCAAGUGUCGUGCCAGAGUUGGCCAUUAACAUACGACGCUAAUUGGAAUAACUUGUACAAGAAGCGAUAAAAGCAUGUUUCUGUUGGGACGCCGUCUUCUAACCGGGCCGCGUGGUGCCGCAAUGGGAGCGACGGUUGGACUACUUGGAACUGCAAUGGUCGCCAUCAAUCUGCUUUCCUCACCGUCCGGUGUUGCUGCUUGCUCAGCAGCCCAACCUCCAGUUACCGGUGCUGAUGGUAAGGUCGCCUCAUCCGUGUAUGAUUUCACCGCGAACGACAUCGAUGGGAAACCGGUUCAGCUUGGCCAAUAUCGUGGCCAUGUACUGAUUAUCGUCAAUGUUGCUUCUAACUGUGGCUACACCGAAGGCCACUAUAAGGAGUUUAAUCAACUGUACAAGGAGUAUGCUGAAUCCAAGGGAUUGCGCAUUUUAGCGUUCCCUUGCAACCAGUUCGGUGGACAGGAGCCGGGCACUAACGCGGAAAUCAAACAGUUUGCCGAGGGGCGCGACGUAAAGUUUGACAUGUUUGCAAAGGUGGACGUGAACGGUGACGACGCUCAUCCGCUGUGGCAGUAUCUGAAACAGCGCCAGGGUGGUACGCUGAUUGAUGCGAUCAAGUGGAACUUUACCAAGUUCAUCGUCGACAGGAAUGGGCAACCGGUUGGACGGUACCCACCCACUACUAGCCCGCUCGAAAUGCGCGACGAGUUGGAGAAGUACCUCAACCAAUAAGCGCGGGGUUUUUCCAGCAUAAAGCAUAAAGAUAAAUAUGUAAAGCAACAAAUGUCCAACAGGAUGUGACACGUUAGCCAUCUUCUAAUUAACAAAAGAUAAUUUUGUCAUGCGAAUUGCAUACUGGUAGGCGCAUUUGAAUCACCAGAAACUAACCCCUAAAGGUAUGCAAUUUAAUUGACAAAAUGAUCAAAAAUGUCAGCUAACAAAGCUCUUAUCUGGAUGGAUAGCCCGCGUAGCUUGUGCUAUUAUACCCUCGAAUAAAACAUGCAUGCACUUGUAUUCAGUAGCGAAUAUCAACGAAUA